AAGUUGAAGGAAAAAAUUGAUGGAAAAAACUUGAAGAUGCCCGAGAAUAGAAAAGGAAGUUUGAUUACUUAGAAUUUCCAUUACGCAUAUUGUUCAGUUUGCCUUGAAGAUAAAAUAACAGCAUAGAAUUUGCUGAUACUAACACAAAGAAUUAAUAGGUCGGACUUCGGAGGCAAGAAAUGCAUCAUUUCACUCGUUCCAUCAUCGGUCCAACGCAGCCCACCACAUCUGCAGCUCUUGGAGCUCAAGCAAGAAACUUGGAGGAGAUGCACUCCCACUCUGGCAAGACAGAUUGAGUGCAGUUCUGCAUUUUCAAAUCGGAAGCCUGUUUCAGAAGCAAACCAAUGCACAGCCAAUUCAUAAAAGUUGGCACGCCAAAUCUGUUGUACGCCUCGAAAAGCAAGAGAAUAGAAUUCGAGGCAAAAAGAGACAAUAAAAAGAGAUGACCCAGAGUAGGUUAGAACUUAGAAAUUGAAUGCUAUCACAAAAGGUGGAAGAGAUCGGGGAGGAAGCUUAUAAGGAGAAUCGUCGGCAGCAAAAAGGAAUAAACCCAAAAACUGCCAAAUUGGGAUGUGGGAAGUCCAGAAUAAAGUCAGAGAGUCUGAGCACAUGGUUGCCCGCUGAACGAAUAAACUUCCAAUUUCCAACUAAAAAACAAGGCAGAGAGAAGAGUCUGGCUCUCAGUGUGUCUCUUUUGUUCAUGCUCUGCCCACUACCACUUAUCCUUCUGCCAGAACAAUCUCUUUCUCAGAGGCAAUUUUGAUAAGGAAAAAUGAAGCUGGAUCAUCAAAAGGCAAAAUAGUGCCACGUGGGUGGACGCUGCAACUUUUUGGGCAGUGUGAGAGUUGUCGCAGGGAAUGAGCUAUAACACCUAGAGACGACGUGUCGUUCCACUCGCAGUCGCUUUUCCUUCAUAAGCAUGACACAACCAACCAAAAUCUUCUAACUUCCACACACCAGAAGGGGAAGGAAGACUCGGUGAAGAGCAAUUGUGAACUCAAAUAUACACCCGGAAGCUCAAUUAUCUCCAAAUCAAAUUCCCUCUUCCUCCACAAUUUUCUUUCUGAAUUCUAUUUCCUCUCAGAAAAAAGGGGAAGAAAAUUCCAACCCAGAGACUGGAAUUGAGAGAGAGAAGAAGAAACAAGGAUGGGUUUAAGCAACAACAUCACAGCAAUUGUGAACUUCCUGGCUUUCCUCUGCUCCAUACCCAUAAUUGGCGCCGGAAUUUGGCUAGCUUCGAAGCCAGACAACGGAUGCAUCCACUUUUUCCGGUGGCCGGUGGUUCUCCUCGGCGUGCUCAUCCUCCUCGUCUCGUUGGCCGGCUUCGUCGGCGCGUACUGGAACAGGCAAGGCCUCUUGGCAUUUUACCUCUUCUGUAUGGCUCUACUGAUCGGCCUUUUCCUCGUCCUGCUUGUCUUCACGUUCGUCGUCACGCGCCCCGACGGCAGCUACACCGUCAUGGGCCGGGGAUUCAAGGAGUUCCGGCUCGACGGAUUCUCAUCCUGGCUUAAAAACCAUCUCACCAAUUCCGGAAAUUGGCCGAAGAUAAGGACGUGUUUGGCGGAAUCCGAUGUCUGUCCCAAGCUUAAUCUGCAAUACUUCGCCGCCGAUCAGUUUUUCGCGGCGGACAUCUCGCCUCUCCAGUCAGGGUGCUGUAAACCUCCAACAGCCUGUGGGUAUAACUUUGUGAACCCAACACUGUGGCUGAACCCUGGUGACCCAAUGGCUGACCCAGACUGCUAUCUUUGGAGCAAUGACCAGACCCAGUUGUGCUACAAUUGCAACUCUUGCAAAGCUGGUCUCCUGGGGAAUCUCAGAAAAGAAUGGAGGAGAGCAAAUGUGGUUCUCAUUGUCACCGUGGUGGUUCUGAUUUGCGUCUAUGUAAUCGGCUGCAGUGCCUUCAAGAACGCACAGACCGAGGACCUCUUUCGUCGUUACAAACAGGGAUGGAUCUGAUCUUGUUUGUAUCCCCAAACACAACCUUGUUUUUGUCGGUUCUUUAUUCCUUAUCCUCUCUUAUUAGGACGUCUUUAUGUCACCCGUGUAUAUUCCUUUGUUCUUUUCAUAUCUAGAAGUCCCAGGCUGUGUAGAGUUCAAGUUCUAUGAUAGCAGAACCAAGUUCUGGAAUUGGUUAAUAUAAAUAUUUUUUAAUUUGCUUUGCCUCAGAUAAGAAUAAAAGUCCAGUGAUCAUAGCAUCUCAAAUAUCUAAA